AUGCCGUUGCUCAACAAGCAAACGGUUUUGGAGGAGGUUUCAGAGGAAAAGGUUUUGGCGGAGGUUUCGGACAAAAUAAAGGAUUUUGAUGCAAAUUUUGCCAAAAACUCUUUAUCUGGUGGUGCAAGUGGAAAUGUUUGUGAUAUCUCAAAAAUCAAAACUAAAGCAGAUGGUACUCAAAAAAAGAAUGGCGGUCAAUCCUGUUCCUUUACUCAACUAGGAGAAAUCCCUGAUGUUAGCAAAAUGGUCUCAUCUCUUAUUACCUCACCAAACAAUGGCGGCACCGUAAAAGCGAACACUCCUUUCACAGUCUCUGUAACCACUACAAAUUUAGAACUUGGAAACUUUGAUAAUCCAGAUACCGAAUAUUAUUUAUUUUCACAACAAUUAAACAAUCAGGGUCUCGUCAAAGGACAUACACAUAUUACAAUCCAGCAAUUAACAUCUAAUACCUCGCCGCCAGAUGCAAGAAAUUUCGCUUUCUUCAAAGGGUUGAACGAUCCAUCCAAUAGCGGCUCUUUAUCUACAUCUGUAGCGAAUGGAUUACCAGCUGGACAGUAUCGUGUUUGCACAAUGACUGCUUCCUUCGCACAUCAACCUCUCAUCAUGCCCGUUGCUCAACGUGGUUCUCAAGAUGAUUGUAUUCGAAUUACAGCUGCUUAA